ACACGCUCAACCACUGAGCUUCCCAAAUUUGGCUUCCCAAAUUCCCUCUGUUUUCCUCACAGACUGUAUUCUGCCCGCUGGCCCACCACCUCAGGGGAACGAUGGCCACAGAGUCCACAGCUACUGCCGCCAUCGCUGCGGAGCUGGUUUCCACCGACAAGAUUGAAGAAGAUGCUCCUGCUCCUUCUACCUCUGCAGAUAAAGUGGAGAGCCUGGAUGUGGAUAAUGAAGCUAAGAAGCUGUUGGGUUUAGGACAGAAACAUCUGGUGAUGGGGGAUAUUCCAGCAGCUGUCAAUGCAUUCCAGGAAGCAGCUAGUCUUUUAGGUAAGAAGUAUGGAGAGACAGCUAAUGAGUGUGGAGAAGCCUUCUUUUUCUAUGGGAAAUCCCUUCUGGAGUUGGCAAGAAUGGAGAAUGGUGUGUUGGGAAAUGCCCUAGAAGGUGUGCAUGUGGAAGAGGAGGAAGGAGAAAAAACAGAAGAUGAAUCUCUGGUAGAAAAUAAUGAUAACAUAGAUGAGGAAGCAAGGGAAGAGUUGAGAGAACAGGUUUAUGACGCCAUGGGAGAAAAAGAAGAAGCAAAAAAACCAGCAGACCAGUCUCUGGUAAAGCCUGAAAUUGACAAAGAGCAGGAGAAUGAAAUGGAGAAGGGUGGAAGAGAAGACAUGGAUAUAAGUGAGCCUGCAGAGGAACUACAGGAAAAAGUUGAGUCCACUCCAGAUCAGUUAACUGAAACCACUGAGGCAAAAGAAAUAGCAGCACCAGAAGGACUGAAUGAAGCCAAGGUCACUUCUGGGAAGCCAGAACAGGAAGCCCCAGAUGCUGAGGAAGGAAAAUAAGUUUGUGGAACUGACGUGCAAGAUGAAUGCAGAGAAAAAGGUCAGGAGAAGCAGGGAGAAGUAAUUGUGAGCAUAGAGGAGAAGCCAAAAGAAGCUUCAGGAGAGCAUCCUGUUACAACUCUUGAAAAGCAGGAUACUGCAGUGGAGGCAGAAGCAGAGCCUAUAGAUUCAGCAGUCAAGCCAGUGGAUGGGGGUGGGAAUGAGCCAAAGGAGCAGGUAGCAGCUGCCUCUGAAAAUGAGCCAGGAAGGGCUGUUCUUGAGCAGCUGGUAGGGCAAGAAAUGCCUCCUGCUGAAGAGUCACCAAAGGUGACAAUAGAGCUUGCAGAGGCCUCAGCUGCAGAAGCUGGGUCAGAAGUCUCUGAGAAGCCUGGGCAGGAGGCCACAGUUCUCCAAGAUCAGACUCCUGUUGAACAACAGACUAAUGUAGAAGAACUGACAGAAACAAAAGAUGGCUCAGGACUAGAGGAGGAGGUCAGGGCAGAGUUGGUUCCUAGCCAGGAGGAAACUAAGCUGUCCAUAGAAGAGUCUGAGGCAGCUGGAGAUGGGGUUGAGACCAAGGUAGCCCGGGGGGCUCCUGAGAAAUCGCCUGAAGACAAAGUUAAGAUAGCUGCUAAUGAAGAAACACGAGAAAGAGAAGAACAGAUGAAAGAGGGUGAAGAAACUGAAGGCUCAGAAGAGGAUAAAGAAAAUGACAAGGCUGAAGAAACACCAAAUGAAUCACUUCUUGAAAACAAGUCUCUUCAAGAAAACGAAGAGGAGGAGAUUGGGAAUCUAGAGCUUGCCUGGGAUAUGCUGGAUUUAGCAAAGAUCAUUUUUAAAAGACAAGAAACAAAAAAAGCUCAGCUUUAUGCUGCACAGGCACAUCUUAAACUUGGAGAAGUUAGUGUUGAAUCUGAAAAUUAUGUCCAAGCUGUGGAGGAGUUCCAGGCUUGCCUUAACCUGCAAGAACAGUACCUGGAAGCCCAUGAUCAUCUUCUUGCAGAGACCCACUACCAGCUGGGCUUGGCCUAUGGAUACAACUCUCAGUAUGAUGAGGCAGUGGCAUAGUUCAGCAAAUCUAUUGAAGUCAUUGAGAAGAGAAUGGCUGUACUGAGUGAGCAGAUGAAGGAAGCUGAAGGAUCAUCUACUGAAUAUGAGAAAGAAAUUGAAGAGCUGAAGGAACUGCUUCCUGAAAUUAGAGAGAAGCUAGAAGAUGCAAAGGAGUCCCAGCGUAGUGGGAAUGUAGCUGAAUUAGCUCUGAAAGCAACUCUGGUGGAGAGCUCUACUUCAGGUUUCACUCCUAAUGGAGGCAGCACUUCAGUCUCCAUGGUUGCCAGUAGAAAACCAACAGAUGGUGCUUCCUCAUCAAAUUUUGUGACUGAUAUUUCCCACCUUGUCAGAAAGAAGAGGAAACCAGAGGAAGAGAGUCCCCGGAAAUAUGAUGCAAAGAAAGCCAAACAAGAGCUGGAGGUCAAUGGAGGCAGUGGGGAUGCCGUCUCCAGUGGAAAUGAAGUUUCAGAAAACAUGGAGGAGGAGGCUGAGAAUCAGGCUGAAAGCCGGGCAGCAGUGGAGGGGACAGUAGAGGCCGGAGCUACAGUUGAGAGCACUGCAUGUUAAGAGAGGGCACAGAGCCUUCCUCCUGAGGGAAAGUGUUUUUGUAUAUAAUGU